AUGGACGAGACGCGUUUUACCUCGUUCGCUUCGGGCGACCUUGUGUACGCGCGGGCGCGACGGCUCCACCGCGCAACAACAGGCCGCACGACCAAGCGCUUCAGCAACAACGACCCUCUCGAAGCCUACUACGCGGUCCUCCGCCAGGUGCCGCCCCUGGCCGUCGCACCCUACGUCCAGCAGACGGCGCAGCAUCUCCUCGCUCGCCUUGCAAUGCGCCAAAUCUACGUGCCAAGUGCCCGCGACGUCGACGACAUUGAGGCACUGGGCUUGCCUUAUGUCCCGGCCCUCGAUGCGCUACCGAGUGCUCAUUGCGCAACCAUUUUCGCCCGCGACAACUCGCGAGGUGCUAUCGACCACGCGAUCGCGGUGCGAGUGACCAAGCAGCUGCGGCGGCUGCGGUACGAACAAGAUGCGAUGCGCGCUGUGGGCCUGCACGGUCGGCUGUUGCACCAAGUGACGACGACCGACUGCGACGCCUUGCGUGCACUGGCAAAGGGCACCGAUGCCACCGACUACGUUGCCGAGGCGGCAACCGCGGCCAAGCAGCUCAUGCGGCGCAUUCACAAAUCCGAGACCCACGGCGACUGCAGCUUUGGCAAUAGCUGUCGUUUGAACCGACGGCGGUACUACUACUGGGGCCAGCGCAAGCCACACCGCAAGAUCAUUUACGGGCGCAGCGACUAUAACGACGAGCUGGCCGGUGAGGCCGAUGCCAUGGACGCCUUGGACGCGAAUGUCGACUCGGAGGACGAGGAUGCUGGCGACGAGGUUGACGAUGCCGUCGUGCUUAGUACCGACGCCGACUAUGAUUUCUGUGAGGAUCCUGCACCGGCGACGGCUGACCUCAACCCGGCGCUCUCUCUCCACGGCAACAAACUCGACGACGGCGACAAGAUUGAGCAGCUCGUACCGACGCUGUCGACCAAACAUCUGCGCCGGGUGCUUUGUCGGAUCUCCAUGGCCAUCAAAGGCGCUCAACCCAAAGACCAGCGCUGGCUUUUCAAUGACCAUACGCUCAAGCCCAGGGCGAUUGUUCAAGGCCCUCAAGGUCGGACGCGACACUGCAUCUCGUCGACCGUCUUCCUUCUCAAUGGCGGUACCGCGACGUCCUGUGCCGACGUCUCACGCUGCUCACGGGGCGCGUGA